AUGCGCACCUCCAUCGCUUUGAACAGCAUUGCCUUAGCGCUCUCAGUUGCGGCUCUGCCCUUGGAAGUCUCAUCCAACAAUGUCUCGAACAUGACCGUGCCAAGUGGCAUGUAUCUAGCAGACGAUGGUUCGAUCAGACUGAGCCUUGCCCGCCGUCAAGAUAUCGACUUCGAUCUCGUGGAUGAGUCACCCGAGCCAACAGUGGCAAUUGACGACUCAAGCAACUACAACCAACAAGCCGCUAUUGAUGCUGUCAUUACAGAGGUAGAGAGCAACCCUCUUCCUCAGAGACGUGACACAGAUCUCCAUCGCCGCGAUAUCGUGGUCGAAACGUCGAACGGCUACACAUCGAAUGUUCAGAUUAAGGAUGCAGCCAUGAGUGUCCCUAAGAACUGUCAGGGUUUGGACACUUUCCUUGGCUCGAAGCUUUUUACCACUGGUCCUUUUGAUACUACCCUUUGUGCUGCAGCUUGCACCGCCCAAAGCGAGUACAACGUCCGUCAUCCUCUUGCCAACGGGGUUGUGAGAACUUGCCAGUUCUACAAUACCUAUGCGAUGUACAGAAAUGGGGUGUAUCAGGGACAGUAUUGUUCUAUGUAUACGCAAGCAUGGGAUGCAAGCUAUGCUAAGAACGAUGGCCAGUGGCGUGGAAGCGUACACUACACUAUGGGUUUGAGCUACAUUGCUUCCAAUGCGACUCAGUCAGGCGACGUUAGCUGUCCAUCUGAUGUGCCCUACCUCAGCCAGAACGGAGCUGCUUUCUGCACUGCAUUUGUUGACUACGUUCCUCCUACCUCGACCGUAUCGACGGUCACCAUCACACCAGCUGUCUCUGUCCUGAUCUCCACUCAGAGGAGCUUUGUCACCAACACUGCCUACAGCACUCAGCUCACCACUGACAUUCAGACCGCAACUGUCACUCGCAACAUGAAGAGAGACGUUCAAACACCUGCAUCUCUGUCAACUUGGUCUCCUUCUCGUAUCUCUGCUGCCUGUUCGUCAGUCGCAACCGGCACCGAAACAGUCACCGCUACCGAGACCGCUGCCACCCCUCUGAGCACCACUCUCACCACUCAGAUGAUUACACAGACCCAGACUGUUCCUACUAACGUGGUUAUCAAGUCUACCACCACCAAGUCUGUGGAUCCUGUCGCAACUCCCAUCAAGGGUCUCAACAUCGUUCAGAAUCCUUCCUUCGAGAAUGGUCAAAACAACUGGAGGGUUGAUUAUCCCAACGGAUUCGACUGGAACUCGAACGCAUAUGUAUGGACAUAUGAAGGUGCGGCUCAAACCGGAAGCAGUUAUGCCAUCUACCAUGUUACACAAGGUUCUAUCGAUUGGGUGCAGACCUUGACUGGUCUAUCGAACACUGCUGCAUACCACUUGACCUUCUACACCCACACUCUGCUCAAUGGCAACCCAUGCUCGAUUCAAGCUUUCCUGGGCUCUGACAAGAUCAUCGACACUCCGGUUUCUGAUAGCGCAGGAUACGGAUCGACUGGAUACAACAAGCGCGAUGUGGAUGUCCGCCCUACUGCCUACACUCAGGAUCUACGCAUCCGCCUCACCUGUGCUCAGGCUGACAACACUGCGAACAUGUUCAUGGACAGUGUUUCGUUCUUUGCGCUCUAG